CUCACUUCAGUUCAUGGUAAAUCCGCGUCCGCUCCGGCUCCAUGGAGGUCUACUUUCGGCGUUGUUCCGCCGCCGCGUGACUCUGCUUCGCGGAGGGAGGACACACGCAGGACCCCUUGCCAUGUAUUUGUCACCUCAAGAAAAUUGAAGUUGGCUGUGUCUCGGUAUCUCGUCUGUGUCUCCCAUGAUAAGCACUUAUCAAGUCGCAGUUCACCCUGCGUGAAGGAGAGGCUCCUCCGCUGAAUUUUCACCGUUGUUUUGUAAUUCUUUGACGGCUGGGAACACAAGGAGGAGGAUAACUGCCGCGGCCGAUUGGCAGGUGCCAUCGCCCGGCUCUGCGUGAGGAGAUGCCGCCCGUCCAGAGAACCAUGUCGGACCUUCGUUCUCGAGUGGAAGGAUAUGAAAAGACAGAGGACACUUCAGAGAAGACAUCUUUGGCUGACCAAGAAGAUGCCCGACUGAUGUACCUCAACCAGCCACAGUUCACCAAGUUUUGCAGCAAUCGAGUCAGCACGGCCAAAUAUAACGUCCUCACCUUCCUUCCUCGGUUCCUGUACUCACAGUUCCGCAGAGCAGCCAACGCCUUCUUUCUCUUUAUUGCACUCUUGCAGCAAAUCCCAGAUGUGUCUCCCACUGGACGCUGGACCACACUGGUGCCUCUGAUUUUCAUCUUAGUUGUUGCUGCUGUCAAGGAGAUAAUUGAAGAUCUGAAACGUCACAAAGCCGAUAGUGUUGUCAACAAAAAAGAAUGUCAAGUGCUGAGGAAUGGAGCCUGGGAGAUCGUGCAUUGGGAGAAGGUUGAAGUGGGCGAUAUUAUUAAAGUAAAUGGCAGUGAUUUCGUUCCUGCGGAUGCUGUCAUUUUGUCAUCCAGUGAACCGCAGGGCAUGUGCUACAUCGAGACAUCCAAUUUGGACGGAGAAACAAACCUUAAAAUCCGACAGGGUCUCCAAGCGACCGCUGAGUUAAAGGACAUCGACAGCCUGAUGCGCCUCUCUGGGCGGAUGGAGUGUGAAAGCCCGAACCUCCAUCUGUACGAGUUUGUUGGAAACAUCCGCCUGCAUGGGCACAGCGCAGUUCCUCUGGGUCCAGACCAGAUCUUACUGAGAGGAGCUCAGCUCAGGAACACACAGUGGAUUCAUGGUGUGGUGGUCUACACAGGACAUGACACAAAGCUUAUGCAGAAUUCCACACGGCCGCCUUUGAAGCUGUCCAACGUGGAACGAAUCACCAACUUUCAAAUCCUGGUGCUUUUCGGCUGCCUGCUGGCCAUCUCUCUGGUCUGCUCCUUUGGUCAGACCAUUUGGAAGUACCAGUACGGCAAUGAUGCCUGGUACAUGGACCUCAACUCUCCAGAUGGCGGGGCGGCCAACUUCGGCCUCAACUUCCUCACCUUCAUCAUCCUGUUCAAUAACCUGAUACCCAUCAGUCUGCUGGUGACGUUGGAAGUGAUCAAAUUCAUCCAAGCAUUUUUCAUCAACUGGGACACAGAUAUGCUGUAUGAACCCACAAACACGCCUGCUAUGGCCCGCACCUCCAACCUGAAUGAAGAAUUAGGCCAAGUUAAGUACAUUUUCUCUGACAAGACGGGAACACUGACCUGCAACGUGAUGCAGUUUAAGAAAUGCACCGUCGCUGGUGUGGCCUAUGGCCACGCCCCUGAGGGUGAGGAGGGUAGUUUUGCAGAGGAUGAUUGCCAUAGCUCGCAGUCGUCAGAAGAGGCUGGAUUUAAUGACCCAAGCUUACUGGAAAACCUCCAAAGUAAUCAUCCUACAGCUGCUGUUAUCCUGGACUUCAUGAGCAUGAUGGCCAUCUGCCACACCGCAGUACCUGAGCGCAUCGAUGGAAAAAUCCUUUACCAAGCAGCAUCUCCAGAUGAAGGAGCUCUGGUGAGAGCGGCACAAAACCUGGGUUUUGUGUUUUCUGGAAGAACACCAGACAGCGUCAUCGUGGAGAUGCUCGGAUCAGAAGAAAAGUACGAACUGCUUCAUGUACUGGAGUUUACAAGUUCAAGGAAAAGGAUGUCGGUCAUCAUCCGCACACCAUCUGGGAAGAUCCGCCUCUACUGCAAAGGAGCUGACUCUGUGAUCUAUGACCGUCUGGCCGACAGCUCAAGGUACAAAGAGAUCACAUUAAAGCACCUGGAGCAGUUUGCCACUGAAGGGCUGCGUACGCUGUGCUUCGCCGUGGCAGACAUCAGCGAGUCGUCCUAUCAGCACUGGCAGGAGCUCCACCUCAGAGCCUGCACUUCCCUGCAGAACAGAGCCCUCAAACUGGAGGAGAGCUAUGAGCUGAUCGAAAAGAACCUGCAGCUUCUGGGGGCCACAGCGAUCGAGGACAAGCUUCAAGAUAAGGUUCCUGAGACCAUUGAGACUCUCAUGAAAGCAGACAUUAAAAUCUGGAUUCUCACCGGUGAUAAACAAGAAACAGCCAUCAAUAUUGGUCACUCCUGCAAACUCCUGACAAAGAACAUGGGCAUGCUUGUGAUUAAUGAAGACAGUCUGGAUGUAACAAGGGAAACGCUGAGCUACCACUGUGGAAUGCUGGGAGAUGCUCUCUACAAGGACAAUGAUUUUGCUCUCAUAAUUGAUGGGAAAACUCUUAAAUAUGCUCUUACCUUCGGAGUGCGCCAGUACUUCCUGGAUCUGGCCUUGUCCUGUAAAGCUGUGAUAUGCUGCAGAGUCUCUCCUCUCCAGAAAUCAGAGGUGGUUGAGAUGGUAAAGAAGCAGGUGAAGGUGAUCACGCUCGCCAUCGGUGAUGGUGCCAACGAUGUGGGAAUGAUCCAAACGGCUCAUGUCGGUGUGGGAAUCUCUGGGAACGAAGGUCUGCAGGCCGCAAACUCCUCUGACUACUCCAUUGCACAGUUCAAAUACUUGAAGAAUCUGCUGCUUGUCCAUGGAGCCUGGAAUUACAACCGCGUGGCCAAGUGCAUCCUGUACUGCUUCUACAAGAACAUUGUUCUCUACAUUAUUGAGAUCUGGUUUGCGUUUGUCAACGGUUUCUCUGGUCAGAUUCUGUUUGAACGCUGGUGCAUUGGCUUGUACAAUGUGAUCUUCACUGCUCUGCCUCCUCUAACUUUGGGAAUAUUUGAGCGCUCAUGCCGAAAAGAGAACAUGCUAAAGUACCCGGAACUCUACAAAACCUCCCAGAAUGCAAUGGGUUUUAACACCAAGGUCUUCUGGGCCCAUUGUCUGAACGGCCUCUUCCACUCCGUCAUCCUCUUCUGGUUCCCCCUUCAAGCCUUCCGGCAUGAUACAGUGUUUGGCAACGGAAGAACCCCAGAUUAUCUGCUCUUAGGCAACAUGGUUUACACUUUUGUUGUCAUCACAGUCUGUCUCAAAGCCGGCCUUGAAACCUCAUCCUGGACUAUGUUCAGUCACAUCGCCAUCUGGGGAAGCAUCGGCCUGUGGGUGGUGUUCUUCAUAGUCUACUCCGCCCUAUGGCCUCUCAUCCCUCUGGCACCUGACAUGUCAGGAGAGGCCGUGAUGAUGUUCAGCUCGGGGGUCUUCUGGAUGGGCCUGGUUUUCAUCCCCAUCACCUCGCUCGUCUUUGACGUGGCCUACAAAGCUGUAAAGAAGGCCUUUUUUAAGACCCUGGUGGAUGAGGUGCAGGAGCUUGAGGCUUUAUCUAAAGAUCCCGGAGAAGUGGUGCAUGGAAAAAGCUUGACGGAGAGGGCCCAGCUCCUGAAGAACGUCUUCAAGAAGAGCACAGUCAGCCUGUACCGCUCUGACUCCAUGCAGCACAACCUCCUACACGGCUACGCCUUCUCUCAGGAUGAAAACGGGGUGGUCUCUCAGUCCGAAGUCAUCAGAGCGUACGACACCACAAAGCAGAGGACCAACACCUGGUGAGCUGCCGGCUUCCCGGCCGCUCCCUUCGGAGCCACAGCUGCCAUUUCCAUGGGGGCGACGCCAUUGGAGGCGCUGGUGAGCGGACGCACCUCCAGCACUGAGGGACACAGGAUGGAGCGAGAAAAGUGACAUUGAGAAGAAAAAAAAACAAACAUGGAGGAAAACUGAGCAUGUUCACUCUCAGCCGUCGUCGUGUGUCCAGCAGAUUUGAUGAGCACUGUGCAGUCUUAACAGUCUAAGUCUAAAGUUUUUUCGCUCGCUGUCCUCGCUCAGUUCCACACUGCGAAUGUCUCCUUCCCAUUGAUUCAAGGAACACCAACCUUCAGCACUGAGCCGCAAAGCCUGAAAGCACUCCUUUCACCUGAACACUCCCAAAUUUAAACACCUGAGAACAGGCAGAGAGAUUGCCAAAGAGCAGUUGUACUAACAAUCAGUGAAGUACUAGUGAAUUUGGAAAACAUCCAACCAAAUGCAGUAGUUUAUUGCAGACGUGAAAAACACUGAAGAGCAAAUGUUUGUAAUAUUUCCAUGUUUGCACUUGAAGAAGCAGCAUCUCUUUCGUGAAGCCUUAGAUUUGCUCAAGCCUUCGUCCUUUAAAACAAAAGAUUUCUUUGACUUUUUCAUUCCUUCUUCAGUUGUAUAUAUCUUUCCUGUUUUUAUCUGUUUUUAAGACCCCCCCCCCCCAUCCACACACACUGCCUGGUAGCCCUGCUUGCUCUGUUUUGCCCCUCUUAAGUACAGCUCUCCACUUAGAAUUGCAUUCCACACAUCGCUUCUGUUUCAACGAUCACAGCGGUGCCUAUGUGAAACUGAAGAAACAGGAAGUAGUUUAGUGCUUUACGCAGACACACUCCCGCACACGCCUAAAGAUGAAGUCACUGUCCGUCCGUCCCCAACCCACACUGGAACAGUGUUCAAAACCCAGAGUUGAGGCUCCUUCCCUUCGUAUGGAGACUUUGUCACUCUAACAUAAGUGCCAUUAGCUUAACGGAGGGAGAGAAGUCUUAGCUAGGAAGCUCCAGAACAGUUUGACAAACUACUUUGUGUCUAAAGUUAUUUUGUGGAUUUGUAUUUUUAUAUCGGAGACGUCUGACUUUUGCAUCGACCGGCUUUGUAACGAACCGUCUGUCCAUUUUAGUUUCCUUCCUCGGAUCCAGGUGCAGGAGGGAGCUGACCUGGCGAAGAAGCAGCGUUCUUAAACGUCUAGUUAUUCUUAAUAUUCCUAAUGUUACGGCUUGUUUUAUUUCUAAACGACUGUCCGUGUGAUCGCUUUCUUCUCCCUAUGGGAGAUCAGGAGUCUGUCAGUUUGUAGUCUGCAUGUGCAGGUGUGUGUGUCUGUGUGUGUGACUGUGAGGGUAACUUCUUCGUAUGCAUGCUUGUGUCUUCUAUGCGAUACUGGGAGGUUGUUGUUUUAAUUGUGUGUCUGUGUAAGGGAUGGUGUGUGUGUGUGUGUCGUCUCCACUGUAUUCCAGUUGUUUGUCUGCAUGGCUCCACGUAUUCCUGUGUUGUUCUGCUGUGGGCUGAUGCAUGGCGGCAUGGGCGUGCAGUCCGACUGCAGGACCUCUGACGCUUUGACACCGGAUGUUGCACAAUGCACUCGAUGUACCUUUCCAGUCCUGUACACCUGUUAUGGUCUCUAAUUUCUGAAGAGGUGGAAUCGUGUUUGUUUCUUUUCUUCAUGUCGUGUUUCUCUGCAUAUCUUUUCCUUCUCUCUGCUCGUCUUUAGCGUAAAAACUUCAUUUAUAGUCAGUUUUUGUCCAAAUUCUCCAGCCAGCAGAAUGUUGAUCGCCGCCGUGGCAGACGGCUGGGACUGUUGUUGACUGUGAAGGUGGCCUGCAUGAAUGGAAACCUAAAACUGUUUCAGAACGCGUGAACUUUCAUUUCCCUCAAGUGUUGGUUGCUUCACUAAGGAGGAAAGAAAAAUGCAACUUUUUACUUUUUAACCUGUGGCUUCUUCUGCCAUCAUUCUGUUCUGUGAUUUUUCUGCAUGUUGGGACUGCAAACUUAUAGGUGUUGUCUAUUACCGCCAUGAGGGACUACUGAAAUAAACUCUUCAAUCAACGAGAAA